AUGUCAAGACAUCGGAAUUUUCGUAAUAUGAAUUAUGAUGACGAAAGGGACGAUGAAGAUGACGAGGAAUUUCAUCGUUACAGCAUUUCGACGGAUGACGACAUACCAAUGUCCCCGGGUACAGCAAAAUUCAUGUAUCAUCGACCCAGAAUAACGUCAACAAAUGCGCAAAUGGAUAACAGCACAAAAGUUUCCGAUUUCAUCAUUGAAGAAGAAUUAUCAAACGAUGUAAUUUGUGAUGAUGACGAUAAUACACAGUUCGAGGUUGAAGUUGAAAAGAAGCAGAUCGGUGAUAGUAGCGACUCAAUGAGAUCAAAUCGCGUCCACCAAGCAGCGUCGCAGCCACCCAGUCAGUCAUCAGUUACAUUCAGUGUAACUCAUCUCACUGAUACCAUUAAUGCCACUCCACUUGCUUCAACCAAUAAUCAUCAAAUUACAACAACAAGUCGACAAUCAGUAAACGAUGCGCCAUUGCAAAAGAAUUCAACCACAACAACUGCUGUGAAUACGGGUGAUAGUAAUGCUAUCAGCAACGUGGAGGAUAUGCCUCGUUUGCGUAUUCGUGACGUCGAAAAUCUACGCAUCUCAGAGAAAGGCAUCACGUCCACUAGCUCAUCGUCGUCGUCACCAGCUGAUGCCUUACGAACUUCUGCAACACUCACUCCGAACGCUAGUUAUAGACGACUAACUGCACUUGCUGCUGCACAAGCAGCACCAACCACAACGCCGAAAAAAAGACAACGAACCAAAGAUAUGAAACCGUUGAUUAAUUUGGUCAUUGUUGGACAUGUCGAUGCUGGUAAAAGUACACUAAUGGGACAUCUUCUUUAUCUGAUGGGUCGUGUGGACGAUCGCACCAUGCAUAAGUAUAAGAAAGAGUCUGCACGAACCGGAAAAGCAUCGUUUGCAUUUGCGUGGGUUUUGGAUGAUACACAGGAAGAAAGAGAACGAGGUGUUACAAUGGAUAUCGCUAGAACUGCGUUCGAAACUGGUCAUCGAAGAAUCGUUUUGCUGGAUGCACCAGGACAUAAAGAUUUCAUCCCGAAUAUGAUCACUGGAGCUUCGCAGGCAGAUGCAGGACUGUUGGUUGUGAACGCCACCACAGGUGAAUUUGAGACCGGUUUCGAUCUCGGUGGACAAACACGUGAACAUGCAAUGCUACUUCGUUCAUUAGGGAUAACUGAACUGUCGGUAGCGGUCAAUAAAAUGGAUACUGUGGAAUGGUCAGAGGCACGUUACGGUGAGGUUUGUGCUGUGUUACAAAGUUUUUUGCGCAAACAAGCCGCCUUCCCAUCUGUACGUUUCGUACCCGUUUCGGGCUUAAACGGUAUCAAUCUAACUGAACCACCACCCGACGAUCACCCUCUCAAGGCGUGGUAUAAUGGUCCAACACUUCUUCAGUUCAUAGAUGAAAUAUCUAUACCGAAACGUGCCGAAGAAUGCCCUCUACGAGCUGUUAUAAACAAUGUUAUAAAGGCAACGUCAAACUCAAUCACUGUUAGUGUGAAAUUAGAGGCUGGUUAUACAGAACCUGGCGAAAGGCUUUUCAUUAUGCCAAAUGCUGAUGCAGCUGUUGUCAAAGCCGUUAGCAUGGAGGAUACAAAAAGCGAUGAAUCGGUGUGUUUUGCCGGCGAUCACGCUUUAUUAACGCUUCAAGCAGUGAACACGUUCGAACCCGAUUCGAUUAGUUGUGGUCAAAUUUUGUGUCGUGGUGGAAAAGAAUGUUUGGUACCAGCGAAACGGUUGUUGGCGCGUAUAGUGGUCUUCAAUAUAGUCAUACCGAUAAUGAGGGGUACAAAAGCUGAGCUGUUUGCUCAUGCGUUAUGUGAACCGUGCACUGUGGUUCGUUUGCGUUCGGCGCUUAAUAAAGCAAACGGUCAAGUGUUGAAGCAGAAACCGAGAUGUUUGGCGCGGAAUAUGAGUGGAUUGGUGGAAAUUCAAACGGAUCAUGCAAUCGGCGUCGAGUGUUACGCACAAUGCAAAGCACUGGGUCGUAUCACGCUGCGUUCAAACGGUCAAACAAUUGCAGCUGGUAUCGUCGAACAAAUUAUCGACGAGUAG